AUGUCGACUCAACCACCCAGAGGGAUCGCCGACGGCCUCGCCCCACCGCACACUUACAUCCCACAUCAAGGCUAUGUCCACGACGACGUCGCGCCACCCCGCCGGAGAAUAACCCUCGGGCAAUUCAUUCAAGAAGACGAAGACGUGGACGAUGAGAAUGAUGACGACAACGGCGACGACGACGACGGUGAAGAUCCAGAAGAAAGCGGCCUCCACCAAGACAUACCCCGCGAGGACCUCCUCGACCCGGAAGACCUCGCAACGUCUAACCCGGGGGACCUGACAAAAUCAUACAACCGCAUCCGCCGCGACGACGCCACUGCAGACCCCAACGUCCCCUCAUGGCAGUAUCCCAUGGCAAACCCGCAGCAGAGGUCGUCGAAACAGGACCAGCUCGACCUCCGACAUCACGUCAAAAACAUGAAACUCACCGAAGACGAUCUCCUGUCUGGGGCCGGAGGAGGAAGCCAGGGCGGCAGUCGCCGCGAUCGCGACAAGAGCGAGCGUGCAACGGCCGAGCAAGUCCUCGACCCGAAGACGCGGCUGAUUCUCUUCCAAAUGAUCCAGAAGGGCAUCGUGUCGGAGAUCUACGGGACGAUAUCGACGGGAAAGGAAGCCAACGUCUACCACGCGGUCUCUAUCCCCGAGGACGCCGCGCAGGAAGAUACCCACGUCGCCAUCAAAGUAUACAAGACGUCGAUCCUGGUGUUCAAGGACCGCGAGAAGUACGUGACGGGCGAGUUCCGCUUCCGCAAGGGCUUCCGUAGCGGCGACAAUAGAGCCAUGGUGAAGCUGUGGGCGGAGAAAGAGAUGCGGAACCUGAAACGCAUUCACGCCGCGGGGAUCCCAUGUCCUGAACCACUCUACCUGAGAAGGCACGUCCUGGGGAUGAGUUUCAUCGGGAACGGCAAAAAGGGAAAAGCCGCGCCACGCCUCAAGGACGUCGAGUUUGAGGACACGGAGGCGAAGUGGCGGGCCGUCUACAUCGAUGUCUUGGCCUACAUGCGCAUCAUGCUGCAGGUGUGUAAGCUCGUGCACGCGGAUCUGAGCGAGUACAACAUGCUGUACUUCGACGACAGGACUUAUAUCAUCGACGUGAGCCAGAGCGUCGAGGGCGACCACCCGCGCAGUUUGGAGUUCUUGCGCAUGGACAUCAAGAACGUGAACGACUUCUUCCGCAGGAAGGGCGUGCACACGCUGUCUGAUAGGAGGACGUACGAGUUCAUCACGCGUGCAGCCUCGGGCCCUGAGAGCUGUGGACUGGACGUCUUGCGCCAGGAGAUCGACACGUCGAUGGCCCAACGGACAGAUCAGGACCAGCACGAAGACGAAGUCGACAACGAGGUCUUCCGCAAGCAAUAUAUCCCGCAGACGCUGGAUGAAGUGUACGACGCCGAGCGCGACGCAAGGACACUGCACCAGCAGGGCCGAGACGCGCUCGUGUACAAGGACCUGCUUGCGCCACUAAAGGGAGAAAAGGAUGCGUCCCGUCCAUCACAGGGCCAAGACCAAGACCUCGAUCUCCCGCAUGGACAGCAAGAUGACGACGAAGACGGCGAGGGAGGCGCCCGCAUCGAAUCAGCACGGGACCACGACUCUGACGCGUCAGUACAAUCUGAUGCAGCCUCGGUCUCAGACCCAGGCUCAGGCUCAGGGUCUGCCGAGGAAAAUGACUCUGAAGUCUCGACGCAAGGUCGACCCCGGGGCAAGAGGUUCCAGGACAAGGACGAGAAAAAGGCACACAAGGAGAAAGUCAAGGCGGAGAAGCGCGAGAAGAGAGCGACCAAGAUGCCCAAGGCCGAGAAGAAGAGACUGCUCAAGGAAUCGGCGAGGCGGAAGCGGUGA